AUGGAAAGUUCAGACAACAAUAUUCGCGCCAGUAAAAAUGAUGAUGGCUCUGUCUUUUUUCCGGGCCGCCCUCUGAGGAUGCUGGAAUCGCUCCUCAACGACGUGAAGAGCAGAGAAAAUGAGCUCAAAGUCACGCGUGCACGCAUCGAUGCGGAGGAGGCCGCGCUGCAAAAAGCCCUCAUCAACAUCAAGGCCGAGAACAUCGUUCUCGACAAGGAACGGCGUCGCACUAUCACCGAACUCAACAGGGCCCUGUUCGAACGCGACCGCCGCGCGGCGGCCGCCGUCAAGCCGGGGACCCGGGAAAAAAAAGUCGUCCGCGAGUUCAAGAAGAACGGGCCCAUCAAUGACCGCUGGGUCGUCAUCGACAUGAUCGCACAGGGGUCGAGCUCCAUUGUUAUGGGCGGCGUCGAUAUGCGCCACAGUAACGCCGUCGCCAUCCGCUACGAGCCGGAUCCGGUCAGGAAAGUCUGUUUGGAGCGAGACAGAAUUGUAUAUGAGAGCAGAGUCCUUGCCGAUAAUGACAUCCACAAGGAGCACAACCCCAAAGUGCGCUACCUCGGGCCUGCCCUAGACGGGUACGUCCUCAUCAUGGACCGGCUGGGGCCAUCGUUGGAGGAUGAACGUCCGUUUUGGAAACACAAGGUUGACCACGAGGCCGCUAUGCUCAUAGGCUGCACGAUUGUCGGCCGCCUUGAGGCUUUGCAUCGCGCGGGCUACGUCCAUGGAAACAUCCAGCCGGCGCAUAUUGUCAGCGACUGGAAGCAACUCGGAGGCUAUCACCUGAUUAGCUUCUCAACCGCCUGGAACUUUAUCUGUCCCAUAACGGGGAACUUUCAAACUAUGCAGCCGCGCACGGAGAUCGUUGGAACGCCGCGCUACGCGUCGAUCUUGUCGCACCAGCGUCACAUCGUGGAUCGAUGCAGUGAUCUCGAGUCGCUAGGCUACGUGAUGGUUGAAAUGAUGACGGGGUCGUUGCCGUGGUCAAAUCUGCCUGAGAAGCUUUCGGCAACGGACCAUGCAAAAAUUGUUCUGCUGAAGCGCGAACUCGCUACCAGCAAGCAUGUACAGGGACUCCCGCCGAGAAUGAUCGAGUACCUGUUGGCGCUGAAGAAAUUAUCCUUCAACCAGGUGCCAAACUACGAACUCUUUAGCAGCUUUCUGGAUAGCCAUGCGUCGCCAAAGAAGCCUGCCCGUUCGGCCGAAAAUGUGGAUGCUAUCGAAGUUGGCACUCUUGCGGAGAUUUCGGCUGAGCCAGGUUUACCCAUGUCGCCGCCACAACGCCCGCGACGAAAUUUGUCAACGGCCUCCGACAGAGGCCUCCGUACAGCAGUCUCCAAGGUUUCAGCUGCGAGCAUCCCGGUGGUUAGCGUUGAAGAGCCUAUGUCUCCUGCACCACCGGAGACCCAAAUUACCAAUGCUGCACAUGCUACCUGGGCGGAAAAUGUGGCGGCGAUUACGGGCUCAGGCAGGCGAGUGGCACCAACACGGCCGAACGCGGUUGACGGAGAGGCAAUACCUGGGAGACGACCGUCUCGGUCGCUAUCACAUGCGGCUAGCGCCUUCAGCGCAUCUGAUUAUAACUCGGACGUCGAAUAGAGAGCGGAUCCGGCACAGUACACAGGACUGUACAAUACUAAGGGUACAGUACGUAUAACACUCAAGUACUUGCCAUUAUGGGACCAAUUAAAGAAAUUGUUUUAUA